GCAAUCGUCCGAGCCGUUGUUGCAGUGUAAUAAUGUUGCAUACUCAGCAAAAGCAUUUCGUCUGUGUGACAGAACCGAACAUGAAUUCUUCUCCGCGAAGCAUCAGCAGCAGCUAAAGACGGUGUUGGAUACGUGGAGUGGGAAAGAUGGUUAAGACGAAACACCAAAAGUCAAAACCUAAGAAACACAACAACCCCCAAAUCAAAAAGCAGGGAAAGCAGGCCGAUAUUUCUCAGUUUCGAGCACAGCUUGAUGCAUUGGGCCUGCAAAUUGUUCAAGUGACUGCAGAUGGUAAUUGUUUCUUUAGGGCCUUAGCAGACCAACUAGAAGGCAAUGAGGAGGAACAUAUGAAGUAUCGUAGCAUGGUGGUACAAUAUAUAUUGAAGAACCGUGAAAUGUUUGAGCCAUUCAUUGAGGAUGAUGUUCCAUUUGAUGAAUAUUGCCAAUCAAUGGAAAAGGAUGGCACAUGGGCUGGACACAUGGAAUUGCAGGCAGCGUCUCUUGUUACACAUAGUAAUAUAUGCAUUCAUAGGAACAUGUCACCUCGCUGGUACAUACGGAACUUUGAUGAUCGUAGUGCCCAUAUGGUCCAUUUGUCUUAUCAUGAUGGGGAGCAUUACAACAGUGUGCGAUUGAAGGAAGACUCUUGUGAGGGGCCAGCUAGGCCAAUCAUAAUCAAGGCUGAUGCUGAUCUUUCCAUGACAUCUCAUCAAGCAAAAGCUGUGGUCAGCAAAUCUAAAGAGGGAACUGGAAGGGAUAUCAUCAAUGCUGGAUCUAUCAAAUUGGUUAUUGCAGGAACCGGUUGUGAAGAUGCUGAAAAAGUUGAACAGGUUUUACUGCAAGUAGAUGGUGAUGUUGAUGCCGCAAUAGAAUUUCUGGUGGCAGAGCAAGGAACAGAAGAGUGCUCUGUGCAAACUGAUGCACAUGAUUCACCUCCUAUUAACACAGAUACUUCUCAUGGUAAUUUUAAAGAUGGCUCUGAUGAAAAUGGAAAAUUUGAGCAGCAAGGGACAGAAGUGAAGACCUUCAAUCAGGAAGUUGCUAGCAGCAACAGUAAUCUAACUCGUGAUAAUAGCUGUUCCCAACCAGAUACUAAGAAGAUCUCAAGAAACCAGGUCUGCUCUUGUGGUUCAAAAAAGAAGUAUAAAGCAUGUUGUGGAUCAGUCGCUGCAAGACCCUCUACAAAGUUUGUAGUUAACCAAAUGGUUGAAUCUAGAAAGGGUAGAAAAGAGAGGAAGCAAGGCAAAAAAGGAGCAACCCUCAAAGCUUCAUCAACCUGUGGAUCUGAUGGAGGGCCGCCUGACAUGGGUGCACUUUGUAUUUGAUUGUUAUCUUAAUGUAUGAUUCCAGCUUAAAGAUGGAUUUAAUCAUAGGUUCAUACCAGAUGGUGAAACCCUAUCUGCUUGCAAUGAUGUAAACAACGAAGCAUAGAUGGAUUGUGCAGUCUGCACCUGAGAAAGAGCUUCGUCUUGUAAACGGUAACACCCUUGAACUUGCCUUCAAAGCUCAAGUGUUACCCUCCGAGAUUACUUUUAGAUCUGAAAGCAAGCAUACUGGCCAAGACAGUUAUAUUCUUGAUAUAGGACAAACAGAUGCGUGAAGUUAAGAGCUUUCCAUGUUCCUGAAAACACAAACAGCUGAACAUUCGAGUCCUGUGGUUGGAAUUUUCGUGGCAAGACAGGUUAUGAGCACAGUUGUUUUGUGUGCAUCUGCAUGCAGGGGAUCGCUUAUUUUGACAGUACAGUUUCUGUUAAUUAGCUGUUGAAAGUGGAAGUUCCAUCAUGCAUGGAAUUUUUUUUAUGUCAAAUGUAUUUUGAAAGAUCCUCUUUGAGAAUUUGUUCACUUUCGAUCUACCAGUCCCAAGGAAUGAAACAAUUUAAUUUUUAUACCA